CCCUAGUCCUGACUCCCACCGUAAGGGCCACUGCACUCUGACCGCCAACAUGGUUCUGUUGUAGGCGGCUGUUAAUGGCUCCAGGAGUCCGACCCCUGGGGUCAGACCGACCCUCCAGCAGCAACCUGGGUACUUGGAUUUUGGCUAGAAAGAAUUCGGAGCCAAGACCCAAACUGAAUGCAAAAAUUAAAAAGACCCUCCGCAUUGCAAGGAGACUAGAGGGAAGUGAAAAGUCUAAAGAUGAAGGCAUUUCAGACCAUCUGCAGGCAGCUUAAAAGUUCAAAGGGAUUUUCUAUAGAACUAUCCCCACAUUUGGGUUUCUCCACUUCCUCUUAUUUAUGUGGCCGGAAGAAAAAAGUGAACCCUUAUGAAGAGGUGAACCAAGAAAAGUACUCUGAGUUAGUACAGUCUGUCUUGUCAUUCAGAGGCCCUGCUCAGACUCCAGAAUCAUUAUUCGAGGAAGAUUCUUUACUCUAUGGACCUGUGAGUAAGUGUAAGCCCCCAAAGCAAGAUGAGGAAGCAAGAGUUCCAGGAAACUGGUUUCCUCUCUUCAAUCCACAGAGAAGCUUAAAGCCAAAUACUACAGGUGGUGCGACAAUUCCUUUGAAAAUCCCUUUGCAAAGGAAUAAGAUACCAAGUGUGACCCGGGUCCUCCAGCAGACCAUGACAUCAGAACAGAUUUUCUAUUUGGAGAGGUGGAAACAGCGGAUGAUUCUGGAACUGGGAGAGGAUGGCUUUGCGGAGUAUACUUCAGACUUAUUUUUACAAGGGAAACAGUUCCAUGAAGCCUUGGAAAGCAUACUUUCACCCCAGGGGAACUUAAAAGAGGGAGAUGAGAACCGUGAGUCUGGCUACAUCGAAAGCAUCCAGCAUAUUCUGAAAGAUGUCAGUGGAGUUCAAGCUCUUGAAAGUGCUGUUCAACAUGAGACUUUAAAGUAUGUAGGUCUGCUGGACUGUGUGGCUGAGUAUCAAGGCAACCUGUGUGUGAUUGAUUGGAAAACAUCGGAAAAACCAAAACCUCUUAUCCGAAAUACAUUUGACAAUCCGCUGCAAGUUGUGGCGUACAUGGGCGCCAUAAACCAUGAUGCCAACUAUAGCUUUCAGGUUCGGUGUGGUUUAAUUGUCGUGGCCUACAAGGAUGGAUCCCCUGCCCACCCACAUUUCAUGGACACAGAGCUGUGUUCCCAGUACUGGGCAAAGUGGCUUCUUCGACUAGAAGAAUAUACAAAAAAGGAAAAGAACCAGAAUAUUCAGAAACCAGAUUAGGGGCAAGGAUGCUCUUUGGAAAUAUUCAGCACUUUCUCACACUUUUGGGAAAAUAUAGUGCUGUUUACUGUGACCUAAGAUGGAGGUCCCACAGGCUCUGAGAGCUGCAUUAACACAAAGCAGAAGUAUUAAUUUGUUAAAAUUUAUUGCAAUAAAAAAGAAAAAGACUGAAAAGCCAGAAAAGUUUAGGGGGGGAAAAAAACUGGACUUCAGCAUACAAAAGAUCAGCCAUGCUACCUCUGACUAUGAUUUACUUGAAAAAAAAAGGUCAACCAGGAUUGGCACAGUGGUGGUGGCUCUUGGACCCCAUGGGACCUCUCUGUGUGCUGGGCAGGCUGCCCAAUCUUUAAGAAAUUGGAGGGCAAUGGGGCUUGGUGUGCCAAGCAUUGCCCCAGGGUUACGCCAGAAGGGAAGGGCCCGUGGUAGUCCCAGGGUAUGUGGAGAAGGAGCUCACGUCAGCCAACUACUACUGCCAGCACAGUUUCCUAGAACUUGCUUUAUAUAUUGUGGUUCUCUAUUUCUUUGGGAAAGAAAAUUUCCAUUUAACAUAUUUGAAAAAGAAAUAUGUGACUCCUUAGCCUCGAAUAAAUACUGCGCUGGGGAAAGACGGAGCAUAUUCACCACAUCAUUGGCAUACCACCAAAUAACCCUGAGAGGUAAUUGUAGGUAUUAUAGUUAUAUUCUGCUUUGAGUAAUUGAAUCAUGUCCAUAGA